GUGACAGCGGAAGUCCAGCCCCUGCCGCGCGCCGCCUCACGGCUCUGUGCGGCGGGAGCCCGGGGCUUGGCCGUUGCGCAGGAGCGUUAAUUAGUUAGAGUGAGGCGGUAAUUAGUAAGCAGAGAGGGUGGAGGUCGUUCCGAAGGGAUUGUGUGGGGGAUCUUGGAGGGGUUUGUCAGGAAUAGAAUUUGGUCUCGGAGCUCCAGCACCAUGCAGAGAGCUUCACGGCUGACAAGGGAGCUCUCGCUCCUGGCUACAGAGCCACCUCCGGGCAUCACUUGCUGGCAGAAUGGGCAGCUGGAUGACCUACGGGCACAAAUUUUAGGAGGUGUGGACACACCAUAUGAGAAAGGAAUAUUCAACCUGGAAAUCAUAGUUCCUGAAAGGUACCCAUUUGAGCCACCAAAGAUUCGCUUCCUGACCCCCAUCUACCAUCCCAACAUCGACUCUGCUGGAAGGAUUUGCCUGGAUGUUCUUAAGUUACCACCAAAGGGUGCAUGGAGGCCUUCCCUGAACAUCUCCACCCUGCUGACCUCCAUCCAGCUGCUGAUGGCAGAGCCCAACCCUGACGAUCCUCUCAUGGCCAAUAUUUCCUCAGAGUACAAGUACAACAAGCAACUGUUCCUGCUCAACGCCAGGAAGUGGACCGAGAAAUAUGCAGGGCAGCUGAGGGUUUCCAAGCCUUUGGAAGAGAAAAUCAUCCAAAGUGAAACAAACACCAGCAUUGAAUCAACCACACAGAAAAGAAAAGGGGUUGACAUCAAUAGGAAGGAGAAGAAAUCCUGCCCAGAUUCCUGAGGGGUUUUUGUUCUCUUUGGGCUGUCACUGUCCCCUUCCCCUCACACAUGUACAUGGAGAGAGUCUGCCUUUUAGGGGCUGCACCAGCUUUGGAUUUCUGUUUCCUUGGGGUUUUAUUUUUCUGUGAAAAGUUCCAUUAUAUUAAUAAAAUAUAUGCUUUAAUUUA